UUAACAUUGGUGGUAUCAACAGGUGGCAAGCGUAGGAGCUCUUGCGGGGCAAAUCAUGUAUUCCGCCAGUUCAUAAAAAGAUGUCUUAAUUUUAUCAAAAUUUAGAUGUAUUUAGACAGAUUUUAGUAUCUAGAUACAUCUAAAUUUAUUCAAAGUUUAGACAUUUAUUUAUGGACGGAAGGACUAGUAUAUGCAGGUGUAUGAUUCUGCAUCCUUGGUCUUAUUAAGGGAUUGAUCAUGACCGUGUCUGACAUGAGAUCGAUCGAAACUGGAGUAGCCGGUCUGAUCUUUCCUUGCCUGGCGGUAUGGCCCUUUAAAUAUGUAGCCCCCGAGGUGGUCGAUAGCCCUCCAUCAAAUCGCAACCAUCGAGAUCGAGCGUUCCAAUCUAUAGGGAAACCUGACCGAGUGUGACCAAGCAGGACCCAUGGCGGCGACGACAGCGGACGCAAGCAAGGUCGUGGACGGCGGCGAGAAGAGCAACGUGGACGAGGAGAGCAAGAUGAUCACGCUGUUCAGCUCGGACGGCGAGCGCUUCGAGGUGACCCGCGAGGCGGCGGCGAUGUCGCAGACCAUCCACCACAUGAUGGAGGACGGCUGCGUCGACGACGAGGGCGUCCAUCUCCCCAACGUGGGAUCCGAGAUCCUCGCCAUGGUCAUCGAGUACUGCAACAGGCACGUGGCCAGCCCCGACGAGAAGGAGGACAUCAGGAGCUUCGACGCCGGCUUCGUGAAUGUGGAGCAUCACACGCUGUUCGACAUCAUCCGCGCCGCCAACUACCUGGACGUCAAGCAGCUUAUGGACCUUUGCUGCCAGACAGUCGCCGACUCGAUCAAGAGCAAGUCGGUCGAGGAGAUUCGCGAGCUGUUCGGCAUCGUGAACGACUUCACGCCCGAGGAGGAGGCGGAGAUCCGCAAGGAGAACCAGUGGGCGUUCGAGUAGACGUCCUGGUUUUUUUUUUUUUUUUUGCGGUUGCUUGAUUAUUAUUUAGACGGCUUUCAUGUUUAAUUAGUUUUUGGUUAUGAUCGUUUAUACUUUGUCGUCUAGAUCGCUGAAAGUAUGUG